GAAAUAUACUAAUAUAAAUCCCAGAUAGUCAUCUUCAUGUUACAUCACAAACAAAUCAAACAGAGGGCGGAUAAGAUAUUUUCAUAUAAUUAAGAGCUGAAAAAAAAAAUCAUUUUUUUUAAAAACAAUUUAUAAACACUGACCGUCGAUGGCCACCGGGACGAGCUAUCCGGCGGCGGAUCCGCCGCGGACGGUAGUUAUUGGGCCGCAGUACUGCGUGGAUCACCCAAUUGACCUCACUAUCUUGCGCAAGGGUUUUACUUUUUCGUCGGAGAAGUAUGUGGUCAAAGACGUCAACGGCAACUUAAUGUUCAGAGUCAAAGGCAAGCGGCUCGUUGAUGCUGCCGGAAACACGAUCGUCACUUUUCGCCAGAAGUUGUUUUCUAGCCAUGGAAGAUUUAAAGUGUUUAGGGGAGAGAGCAAAAAAACAGAGGAUCUACUUUUUAGUGUUAAGAAAUCUUCAUUGCUACAACUAAAGAUGAACCUCCACGUGUUCAUGGCUUCAAACACGGCAGAGGAAGUUUGCGACUUCAAAAUCAAAGGCAGCUUUUUCGAGACUUCAUGCGUCAUAUAUGCCGGAAACUCCGAUAACAUCAUAGCUCAGAUGAAGAGAAACUCGGGUUUUCUAUGUGUGAAUCACACGUUUGCGGUAGUCGUGCAUCCAAAUGUCGAUUAUGCCUUCGUUGUUGUUCUCGUUGUGUUGCUUCGUGAAAUUAUUGAUCUCCAUCAAGCUUCGGGAGGAUCCGGAGGAGAUUAAUCACGACCGAAAUAAAAUGAAGAAUCAAUUGUUAUGUAUUGAUUAAUAUUAUACAAAUUAAUUCUAGUGUGGGACAACUUAGCUAUUACUCAGGUUCACAUUAAUGUACAAACAAAUUAUAUAAUUAUAUUGUGAAAUGUCAUGCUUAUGUUAGCAAGAGCGUAAUCAUUUAGUGAUGGAUAAUUGUAGGCGAAGCUCGACUUGUACUAAGUUCGACUUAGAAACAAAGAUAAUUUUUUGAUAAAAAAGUUUGUGUUUGAAUUAAAAAUACUACAAGUACAUAAUAAAUGUACAUAGAGGUGUAC